AUGGUACAUAUUAAUGUGGGAGCCGACGAGACUCCAUUUGAUGUUCACGUGGAGUUGUUGUGUAGUUGCUCUCCAUACUUCGACUCAAUAUACGGCGAUCGUACUAAGAAGCCCAUCCCAAGCGACCCUGUCUGCUUUCCGGAUGAGGAUCCAGUUGUCUUUGCCGAGCUGUUAGCUUGGAUGUAUUAUGGUGACACUCCUAUCGACUUGCCUUCUCGUACUAGCAUUCACUUCUUGCUACAACUUUGGAUCCUUGCUGGAACCUUCGAGACUGCCCGACUGCAGAAUCAGGUGAUACACCUCUGUAGAACUGAGAUUGCCAAAGUCCCUGGCCGAACUUUCAGUUGUGAUGAUAUCGAUUACGUCUACAACCAUACAUUGCCUCAGUCUCCGUUGCGUUUACUUCUGGUUGAUAAUUGGGCACGGAAUGCAACCCAAGAGCACCUCACGAGUUGUCAGAAGAGCCUUCCAUAUCCAUUUCUCGAAGAGCUUUGCCGUGCUCUCAUUGAAAGGAAAGGAAUUGUAAAAGAUGCGGAAGGAGAAAUCCAUUCUGUUGAACGCUACAAUAUUCACCCUCCGCCACCGGAAGACCAGAACGGUAGACUGAUGCCUCGAGAACGUGUUUCAGAAUUUCCCCGGACUGCACCCCCAGAAAAAUUGAGAAACAGGAAGAUUGCACGCCCCUCUCCCCGUCUUAACAAAGCUUCUCUUACAUCGCCGUUACGCGCCAUGACACCCAACUCCGUUGAGGAGAAUGAUCCAAAGAGUGAGAUGUCCUCUCAAAUGAGUCAUUUGCAAAUCUGA